GAAAGAAUCACAAAGCUUGUGUUCUGCUGCCCCAGGUCUACUAGAAAAACUAGAGACAAGGUUCCAUAAUAGAGACAAUAUACAAAAUGAGUUUAAGCCAUCAAAAGGACUGGAAAUAAAUCUGCUAAGCACUUAUUUGGUAAUCGUAAAUUAUCUUGGGCGAGUUGUGACAAUGAUUUCAAAUUCAUUACAUGAUCUGAACCCUCAAGUUCGCUGGGCUGCUGUGAGUGUGUUUAGGAUGCUAAGUAUAAACUUGGGGCCAACAUUACAAGUUCAAUAUCAUCAUAAGAUGUUGCCUGCACUAACUGCAAUGAUUGCAGAUUUCCACUUUCCCCACUUACAGGAACGUGCUGCUCUGGAAAUUCGUUUGUUCAGCAAGGAUUGUAUUCGAAAUGAUUUAAAACCUCACUUGGAGGAAAUAGUGAGCAAGCUGCUUGCACUCCUGCAGAAUGAGAACCAGCAGCUACAAGAGGAGGCUAUGGCUACUCUGGCAUCGAUUGCAAUUUCAUCACAAGUAUAG